UUGGCAUGACCCACUCAGCAGUGAGCUCUAAGCCAGUGACCCUCCCUCUCAUUCUGGGCUCAUGGCACUAGCUCUGCUACCUUCUUUCCCCUCUCCCUCUUCAGCUCUAACCUUCAACCACAAACCCCAACCACCACCUUCAUCCAAACCCUUCGUUUCACAUUUCAGACACCCAAACUGUGAUCCCUGCUUAUUCUCCACAACCACAAUUCUACAACCUUCUACAUGGAAACCUACCCUUUUUGUGGCGGCAGCGAUUCCAGAAGCGGUUAACGGAGAAAAAUCUCUCAACACUCAAAACGACGACGUUUUCAAGAAUGAGGAGGAGGAGCAGCAACCACCGCAGAGGAGGCCCAGAGGACCCUGUGAAAUCUAUGUCUGCAAUCUUCCCAGAAGCUGCAACGCUGCUCACCUACUUGAUUUGUUCAAGCCUUAUGGAACCAUUAUAUCUGUUGAGGUUUCCAGAAAUGCUGAGACUGGUGAAAGUAGGGGAUGUGGUUAUGUCAUAAUGGAAUCCAUAAACUCAGCAAAAAGUGCAAUUGCUGCAUUGGAUGGAUCAGAUGUUGGGGGGCGCGAAUUGCGGGUUAAAUUUUCAGUUGAGAUGAGUCUUGAAAGGACGGAUGCCAAUGCGAAUGCGGGGGAAAUGUACGCUUCUCCCAAGAGAACAUUUUACUAUGAAGCUCCUCAUAAGUUGUAUGUGGGCAAUCUUGCUAGGGUUGUUAAACCUGAGCAGUUGAGAAAUCAUUUUAUCAGAUUUGGGAAUGUGCUUAGUGUUAGAGUGUUGCAUGAUCGUAAACAAGGGAAAGCCCGGGUCUAUGCGUUUCUCUCCUUUGAAUCAGAGGCUGAACGUGAUGCAGCAAUGUCUCUUAAUGGAACAGAAUUUUAUGGCCGUACUAUUGUAGUCAGAGAGGGCGCACAGAGGACUGAGCCUUAACCGGGAUUUCAGUGCCUGCGUAAAGAUGGCAUCAAUUUUGGUUUUUCACAUGGAGGAAGAUUGCAAGUGUAUGUAGCUGAGAGUUAGAAACAGAUUUGUGGAGCUUCCUUAACUAGGAAAUGUAAGCUCAAAGAAGAAGGGGCCUUAUAACUGUGGCAGUUGCAUCAACAUAUGAUUCAUGCUCUUUUUUGGUUUUACAUCAAAUUGCAAUGAGUAAGUGCAUGUUUGGUUUUGCUUCUAGUGAGACGGAAUCAAUUCUACUUUCUGGAUGCGACAAGAAGUAACUUUUCCUGUACUAACGUGAUAGUUUAGUGAUGUUCCAAACAUGCAAAAAUAUGCUGUAGUAGUAGAAUCAAAUUAAGUUUUGAAUUUAACACGGCCACUAUUGCUGAGUAUUGAAAUUUAGAACAUGAUUAGCCAUUUGCAUGUUACAAGAGUAAAGCUUUAAUAUUUUUAAACAGAUGCCAUGUUAGUUGGUAUGUAUCAUGUGAGUAUGAGCUGGUUAAACUUAUAAUGAUAGCUACGCCUUCAAGGCCAUUGAAGUAGUUUUGCUGUGUACAACUUGAGGUCAUUUUACGCCAGCAUGUUUGGAAAUUUUGACCAAAAUUACAACAAUUGUAAGUUGUAACUGCUAAUUCUAACUAAAAUUAUGAAUUAUACUUAAUCUACCCCGUAGUUCAAAAUUUCAAGUGACAUUAUAUCUAAUUUCUCUCUUAGCAACAUAAACCUAUCACACUUUAAUGGUUAAGUUAGGGCAUCAGCCACUUGUUCUUCUAUACUGCAGUAGACCAGCUCAAUUUCCCCUUUAUUCACUUAAUUUCUCAAAUAGUGAAAGAUGAUCUUUACAUGGUUGGUCCUGUGAAAUUGGAUUCUUUCUGGAGUUUACUGCUGAAACAUUAUCUACACCCAACACCAUAGGUUGCUCCACUCCGAUGCCUCUACUCCAAUAAUGUUUUAAAGCCACAUAAAUUUUUUUUCCCAAGUAUCCCACGACCGAUAGUCAUGAGAUUAAUCCCUAGAGACUCGAAGAUCACAUUAAGUGGGUAGAUCUCUCCCAAUAAAUGCUACUGCACACUCACUGCCCAGUGAUCGAACCCCUGAACUAAAUGCUUUAAGACCUCAACUAUCUACAAGUUAUGCUACACAUCGUUGAUAAAGCCACGUAACUUUUAAGUGCACCUAAUGAUGCAACAAAAUUGUUCUAUCUUACAUGAUGUUAGAGCCACAACCAGUUGCUUCUCUGAACUCCAUUAGAAUGCAGUAUUACACAAUUGAAAAACAUAACCACUCGUGCUCUUAUUAUCUUCUUUCAUGUAAUCAUGUCCUCACCUAUAUGAGUCCAUGAAACCAUAAAUUACAGAAUAUUUCCCCUUGAGGUUUUUUUUUUGUAAGCAUUUCCCCUUGAGUUGGCUUAUAUCAUUGGUGAAUAAUCUGCCGGUCCAUUUCAUUGAAGCAUCAAGGUCCUCUCUCGGUUCAUCAGGCCCACGAGCAGAUCAGGUCAGAUCAUAUUGAUUGAUAUUUUCUUUUUAAAAAUAUAGUCCAAUUAUAAAAAUACAUUGACAUAGAAAUUUAUCAACAUUUCACAUGAAAAAAACAUUUUACUACUGGGAAAUAGCAAAAUAGAUUUUCCCUAUUCCAUAUUUAUAAUUGGGAUACAAGUGGAGUUGCGUGUAUACAUAAAAAAUAUAUGUUUGAAGUUCCAUUUUCACUUCUUUAUUUUGGACUAUGUUUAAUUAAUUUUAAACUUAGUUUGGAGUAUGUGCGACUAAUCUAAAAUAAAAGAAAAGGAUUGUACAUGUGGUUUUUUUAUGGGGCAAAUCUGUCUUGAAAGGUCUUUUCAACAUAUAACUUUUCAUGUGUGACUCGAGACUAUGAGGGGCUGGUGCUUGCAUCGGUGGCUAGUUUUCCAAUGAUGGCUCCCUCCCAGGUUUUGGCAGAGUGUUGGCCCUUCGAUGAGUGAUGGGUUUGGCUUCUCAACUUGACUUUCAGCGUGUUUGAUUUGAAAUAGAUUGUCUCCAGUUAUUUUAGAGAUGAAAAAAGCCUCAUGAUGACGAUUCUUAUAUGGCUUCUAUUGUUAAGGACUGCAUUUUUCUUUAUCGUUCUUUUGAUUUUGUGACUCUUUUUUUUUUCGUCCAGGCAACACCGUUGCGGAUUUUCUAUCUAGGAGGGCCUCAUCGUUCGCUAAUUUGGGGUGGAUGGAACAAGUUUCCCCACAAGUUGUUCCUUAUGUAAUUGCGGAUGUUUUAGCCUCAGUGCUAGUCCAAUUUUAAUUGAAUUGCAGGAAUUUUCAAAAAAAAAACACAUAACUUCUCAUGA